AUUUUAGUGGUGAAUAUUAGUAUUUACAAACUAUACUCGUGUUCAUAUUUUUUUGGUAAAAUAUCCAUACAUGUGAUUUUUCACUCUUUAUUAGAUUGAUUUAAAUAGCGAUGUAUUCAAACGUUGAGGACUUUACAGAAAUUCCUCUGAAAUACGAGUCUACUGACACUGCCUUUCAUUAUGUGUUUGCAAAAGAAAAUAUAUGCAAAACGAUAAAUACGACAAAACCAGCAGGAAGAACGCUUUUUGUUUUGAAUGUACCACCCUAUGCAACACCAGAAUCUCUGAAGACGGCAUUCAGCUCUACAGGACAGGUUGUCAACGUCAUGGUUCAGGAAAAGCCAUCCGAGGAAUGCGAUGAAGCUAUCGAUACGAUUGACCGGUUCAAAGUGUGUUAUGUCGUGUACGAAAAAGCAUCGGCAUUGAGGAGGUUACUUAAAUCAAGAAAAUUAAACGAAUUGAAUUUGGGUGGUAAUCUGCUGACUGGAAUUGAUAAAUGGACCAAAGCAUACCAGGAACGUAUUCCCAAUCCGGUGGUAUUACAGCAGGAGAUCAAUGAGUAUAUGGCCGGGUAUGAUCAACAAAUAUCCGAAAAAAGGGCACAGCAAGAAACUUUACCUGAUGAUGAUGGUUGGAUAACUGUAUCAAAAACAAAUGCAAAUACAUUUUCCCAAAGAGAAGCUACAGUUCACAAAUUGGAAGAAAAAAUUAGUAAGGGACGUAAGCGGAAAGAACUGAAGAAUUUUUACACUUUUCAAAUUCGAGAGGCGAAAAAGAGCGAUAUUGUUAGUUUGAGAAAGAAGUACGACAGAGACUUGAAAAAGAUGCAGCAGGUUAAAAAGACCAAGCGAUUCAAACCGUAUUGAAAAGAUAGCUGAAUAAUAAACGUUAUAUUUGCGAAA